GUGCUUUGAGUUAGCCCUUCGAGUAUAAAAAAAUUCGCGACAUCGUGAAGUGCUACUCGGCCAUUCAGUCGUGUUCGAUUAACGCUCAGCUGUGUAGUAUUUUGAGUAGCGUUUUCAAUUUGGAAAAAGAUAUACGGUAGUGUUUUACCGAAUGGUUGCUACUUUAAUUGGAAAUCCUUUGUCUAACCCGCGAAACGGUCAAUAUUAGUGGCCUUUCUCUGCAGCCAGCGGGUUAAGUUGCGUAAUUAUUGAAAAAUACUGGAUUUAUCGACUAGACCCAUUAGUCAUACCGUAGUCGAAUUCGAAAUUAUAGUACAGGAUGAUUGACGAAGAGAACUCCGCAGCAGCGGUAAGCUUCACUUCAAAUGGUCAUGCUUCAACGGCGACAGUUGCCAACGGGAUUGUCCACAGAUCCACUGAGGAAGUAGAAAUUCCUGUGCCGUGGGGCACGGUAGCAGGUAAAUGGUGGGGCUCACGACAUAAGCAACCGGUUCUGGCCCUACAUGGUUGGCAGGACAAUGCGUGCACGUUUGACCGGCUCUGUCCACUGCUACCGGACGACAUUCCGAUUUUGGCUCUCGAUUUACCGGGCCAUGGUAAAUCGUCGCACUAUCCGAAGGGCAUGCAUUACUACAUUUUCUGGGAUGGAAUUUCAUUGAUUCGGCGCGUCGUGAAUUAUUACGGCUGGAGCAAAGUUUGGCUACUCGGACAUUCACUUGGCGGUGCACUGAGCUUUAUGUAUGCUGCGGCAUUUCCGGACGAGGUGGAAGGAUUCAUUAGUAUUGACAUAGCGGGUCCACCUGCUCGCGAUCAUCGGAAACAGGCAGCCAAUUUGGGUGAAAGCAUCGAUAGAUUUUUACGGUACGAAACACUUCCGGAAUCCAAAACGCCAAGCUAUAAAUAUGACGACGCGAUUGAUGUGGUGCUAGCGGCUUAUGAUGGGUCUGUGGAUCUUCAAUCGGUCGAAGUUUUGAUGCGCCGUGGCAUGGCCCCUGCGCCGGCUAGUAGUGGCUCAGAAGGGUUCUGUUUUUCGAGAGAUUUACGACUGAAGGUGGCUCUGAUGGGGAUGCUUUCGUUGCAACAAGUACUGGCGUAUGCUGAGCGUAUCAAAUGUAAAGUGCUCAACAUUCGAGCGGUACCUGGGCUGCACUUCGACAAUCCGGAUUACUACCCUAGCGUGAUAGAGACUAUGAAAAAGUCUGCAAGUAAGGUUGUUUAUCUUGAGAUUCCCGGCACUCACCAUCUUCAUUUAGUAACUCCAGAAAGAAUUGCUCAACAAGUGACUGAUUUCCUUCUGGAUAGAAAUUAAUCUAUUUCAACCUGUACCUUAAACAGUACCUGUUUCACACAAGCAGGAUACGCUGGCACUGCACGCUAUUGUUAUUCGUGUUCUAUCUACUUGUUGAAGCACUGCACAUCUAAUAUUACGCUUCAUUACGUAGCACUCCGUUGAGCGGAUUUUCUCAGUAAGAUUAACAGGAUACGUGAUUGCAUUAAGCUGGCGUUUCAGCGAGUUUGCAAUAAAUAUUUAUCUUAUACUAGUACAAAUGAAGGGGUAAAUGGAUAUGCUAAGUGAGAUGUGAUAAACAUGGAAUGUUUUAGAAAAUAGAAAUGAUUCAAGCGACAAUGCUCGAUAUAUUUUUGUACAUACACUUUCAUGCAUAAUAAACACGUGUUUAUUGUUGAAAAAAA